GCCCGCGGAGCGGGAGGGGCGGAGCUGGCUCUGUCCGGGCUCCCGAGCGGGUAGGCUGCCCAGGAGGAGGUGCGGCGGGUCCCAGCGGCCGAGGUUCGGGCGGAGCGACUGGAGAGGCUGGCAGGUGGUGCUGGCAGCGUGGGGAGAGUGGCGCCGUGGGCUGGGCGCUCUUGGCUGGAGGAGUUCACUCCAUGCGUGCGGGCCAAGCACGGCCCCUGCGAGCCUCCGACAUGAAGAAAGACGUGCGGAUCCUGCUGGUGGGAGAACCUAGAGUUGGGAAGACAUCACUCAUUAUGUCUCUGGUCAGUGAAGAAUUUCCAGAAGAGGUUCCUCCUCGGGCAGAAGAAAUCACCAUUCCAGCUGACGUCACCCCCGAGAGAGUUCCAACACACAUUGUAGAUUACUCAGAAGCAGAACAGAGUGAUGAACAACUUCAUCAAGAAAUAUCACAGGCUAAUGUCAUCUGCAUAGUUUAUGCUGUUAACAACAAACAUUCUAUUGAUAAGGUAACAAGUCGAUGGAUUCCUCUCAUAAAUGAAAGAACAGACAAAGACAGCAGGCUGCCUUUGAUAUUGGUUGGGAACAAGUCUGAUCUGGUGGAAUACAGUAGCAUGGAGACCAUCCUUCCCAUCAUGAACCAGUAUACAGAAAUAGAAACCUGUGUGGAGUGUUCAGCAAAAAACCUGAAGAACAUAUCAGAGCUCUUUUAUUAUGCACAGAAAGCUGUUCUUCAUCCUACAGGGCCUCUGUACUGCCCAGAGGAGAAGGAGAUGAAACCAGCCUGUAUAAAAGCCCUUACUCGUAUAUUUAAAAUAUCUGAUCAAGAUAAUGAUGGUACUCUCAACGAUGCUGAACUCAACUUCUUUCAGAGAAUUUGUUUCAAUACUCCAUUAGCUCCUCAAGCUCUGGAAGAUGUCAAGAAUGUAGUAAGAAAACACAUAAGUGAUGGUGUGGCUGACAGUGGAUUGACAUUGAAAGGUUUUCUCUUUUUACACACGCUGUUUAUCCAGAGAGGGAGACAUGAAACUACUUGGACUGUACUUCGACGAUUUGGUUAUGAUGAUGAUUUGGAUUUAACACCUGAAUAUUUAUUCCCCUUGCUAAAAAUACCUCCUGAUUGCACUACUGAAUUAAACCAUCAUGCAUAUUUGUUUCUCCAAAGCACCUUUGACAAACAUGAUCUGGAUAGAGACUGUGCUUUGUCACCUGAUGAACUUAAGGAUUUAUUCAAAGUUUUCCCUUAUAUACCUUGGGGACCAGAUGUGAAUAACACAGUUUGUACAAAUGAAAAAGGCUGGAUAACCUAUCAGGGAUUCCUUUCCCAGUGGACGCUCACAACCUAUUUAGAUGUACAGCGGUGCCUAGAAUAUUUGGGCUAUCUAGGCUAUUCCAUAUUGACUGAACAAGAGUCUCAAGCUUCAGCCAUUACAGUAACAAGAGAUAAAAAGAUAGACCUUCAGAAAAAACAGACUCAAAGAAAUGUGUUCAGAUGUAAUGUAAUUGGAAUGAAAAGCUGUGGGAAAAGUGGAAUUCUUCAGGCUCUUCUUGGAAGAAACUUAAUGAGACAGAAGAAAAUCCGUGACGAUCAUAAAUCCUACUAUGCAAUUAAUACUGUUUAUGUAUAUGGACAAGAGAAAUACUUGUUGUUGCAUGAUAUCUCAGAAUCGGAGUUUCUAACUGAGGCUGAGAUCAUUUGUGAUGUUGUAUGCCUGGUAUAUGAUGUCACUAACCCCACAUCCUUUGAAUACUGCGCCAGGAUUUUUAAGCAACACUUUAUGGACAGCAGAAUACCCUGUUUAAUCAUAGCUGCAAAAUCAGACCUGCAUGAAGUUAAACAAGAAUAUAGUAUCUCACCUACUGAUUUCUGCAGGAAACACAAAAUGCCUCCACCUCAAGCCUUCACUUGCAAUACUGCUGAUGCACCUAGUAAGGAUAUCUUUGUUAAACUGACAACAAUGGCCAUGUACCCAGAGGAUCAUUACAGAGACAGACUCUGCCGAGACAUGGGCAACACUGAUAGAAUAGAGAAUUUGAGAAAAAUCUGGGUCUUUCUAAAAACUGCUUUCCAUGCCCGGUUACGCUGUAUGUGCACCUGCAACAGGUGCACAUUUUGCAUCUGUCAGAACUUCCUCAACUCAGACUUGCUGCAAUCUGUAAAGAACAAAAUCUUCACUGCAGUUCUUAACAGGCAUGUGACACAAGCUGACCUCAAGAGCUCCACGUUUUGGCUCCGAGCAAGUUUUGGUGCUACUGUUUUUGCAGUUUUGGGGUUUGCUAUGUACAAAGCAUUAUUGAAACAGCGAUGAUUAAAAAAAAAUACUGGCCCUACCAAAAACAGAUACUUUUAUGUACAUUCUGAAUGCUUUAAAUUCUGCUAGAAAUAUUGAGAUAUUUAUACAUGCAGAAUUACUUUAUUAAUAUUUGUAAUUCAUGCAUAAGAAUAUUUUAAUGAUAGUAAUAACUACAGUAUUGGCUAGCAUAUGGAAAGAAAACAGCUUCAUAGCCAAACUAAAAUGGCUACAUUUCAGAGGCCAAAAGGGAAUAUUUUGUAAAUAAUGUAUAUAUUCAGGUAAAAUAUGGUCUCCCAAACUGAGUUCUAGAAAUGAUGUUUCUAGACAUUUCUACAUGGUAUUGUUAAUGGUCACUUGGCUCACUCUCCUAGGUUUAAGUCAUUCCAGAGAUUAUAUUUACUCAUGGAUCACUUAUUUAUUUCACAUUUACUCAAAAUGAUCCUUUGGGUACAUGAGACACAAUUUGCCAUUUUCUCUCUAUUUUUAAAAACACACAAGUCAAUGUCUGCUUACCAACACAAUUUACUUUCAGUCACUUAUGAUAGGCCAGCCUUGAAGCCGUUGUGCAGUCUAGAAAAUUGUAUAGCUGAGUGUAUACUCUCCUUUAAGGAUGCAGUAAGGUAAAAGCAAUGAGCUGAGGAGUUCUCUAUGUGAUUAUGUUGCUUCCUUUGUCAGUAUGUGAAAUUUUAUAGCCCUUUCAAUCAAAUGAGAAAAAUAAUUUGUAUAUUAUCACUGUUUUUAGUUUAAAUAAACAAGUUACCCUUACUACUGUUGGAAUUUCCUCCCAAAGUAUAAAUCAUUCUAUAAUGGCUGUGUCUAUUAUAGUAUAUUACAGUAGCUGCAUGUGUCAUAAAGUGUUCUAUAUCUGCUAGGAUAACCUAGAAGCAGCACUUUUUUAAAUGGUAAAAUAAAUCUAAUGAAUAUAAACUCUCAUGAUAAACCUAUUUUUUUCCAUCAUUGACCUUUUCAAGUAUUUAAAUAAAUAAAUGCUGUGUACUGUGA